GGUAACCUCUGCCUAGUGUAGUGAAACAGACUCAAGAGCUUUGAUGCAGGCCUCCCGUAAAGACACAAAAAGUGAAGAGAUUUCGCACAUCUCCGCAUUAUGAAAAACGUGGCUUUUCAGUCCUGCCCGCCUAGAUAUGUGGUGCCUCAGACGUCCCUCUGUAUCGCUGCCGCAAAGCGUGUGCAUCGUAACUAAAGUAAAACGUCACGUAGCAGCGGCGACAUUCGCUGCGUUGUGCUGCGGAGGUCGCCAGCAGAUCGCUAAAUUUCACAGCCAAGAAUGUUGUAUGUUCGUCGAAGGUGAUACAAAGUAUAAUUGGGGGCAUGUUUUCUGCUGCCAUGCCCGACUACUCUAGCGAGCGAACGUAAGUCACUACACUGCCCGCCACGACAGCACCCAGGUUUAUUAUCGAGUGGUUUGCUGUGGAUUUUUCGAGACGUCUUAAUCGUCACAGAGCUAUGCUCUAGCUAGCUGUUGUGCAACGAGCCAACAUGCGUUUUCUGGCGUACGAGUUAGCAGAAACGGAUCAGCUGCGCAUUUCCCGCAUGAACGGGGGAUCAUGUCGGCGAGGACGAACAGUACCACCACCUCCCACCUUGAUGUCCGUGACAACGUGAUCAUCCAAGUAUGAUACGACUUUUUUGUCCGUGGCACACGGGGAACGCUCAUACUGGCUAAUAGAGCUACCAUUAGUUGUACCUUCACAAAGACGGGGAACGACCCCGCCCGAGACGGACUCUUUUUUUGGCAGUUUACGUCAAGGUAUUUUUUUUCAACUAGACUCGUGUACUUUCUUGUCACAGAACAGUCGUCGGAGGCGGCUUUAUAUCAUGUCAAAAUGAAGGGAAGUUCUGCAAGCUCGCUGCUACACAUUGCCCGCCGCCUGCCAGGGGCCUUGAUUCUCGUAGGCAUGAGUAUCGUACUUGGUAUCGUGCGUGUUGUUGAAGAUGCAUUCGUUUUCUUAGCCUCAUUCUUUGAAGACAAAACAUGGAAUGCUGCUCAUGUGGCUCGAAUGCGUUUUUUGUCAACAUUUAUAUAUCCGGUUGCGGCGGCUAGUAAGGAAGAGCAAGGUCAGAAGGGAAACAAGUCCCGAGACCCCGAGGAAAAGAAGGAAACAGCUACAUGUCCUUACCUUCCUGACGAGUUCCCCCUCGCACAUGACUCCUCAGAGAGACGUUUUUUAACAGGCUUCUGUCCAGUAUUCUUAAUAAGAUGCAUUAUGAGGUUCAUGUCAGUCUUCCCUAGUUGGCAUGCAGAACUUGUGUACUGGUGUUCGAGGCUAUGUCACAAGCUUUCGUUUGUCUCGGAAUUGAGCCGCGCCUUUCUCCAACUCUGGGGGUACGUCACAGUACGGACCGCGCACUUCGAAUCUUUUUUCCGGUGGGCUGUUCUAAAGAAAGACGUGCAACAGGUUAUUUUAGUUGGAGCCGGGUUCGAUACACGUGCAUAUCGAUUCGCUGAAAUCAUAAAGCACAAAGGCGUCUGUGUUUUUGAAAUGGAUUUGCACAAUGUACAGCGGCACAAGUGUAGACAACUUCUAAGGUCUCUCAAGGCGGAUGACCUCCUCAACGGUUAUCGAACGCUCCGCUUCAUUCCGUGCGACUUAGAGAGCGAUCGUUUUGAGGAGAAACUGAGAUGCCCUGGAAUUCGACAUGACGUCAACACAGCAUUCAUUGUCGAGGGAGUUUCUCCUUACGUUUCAACAGACAAACUGCGUCAUAUGUUGGACGAUAUUCGUAAAUACUUUACCCUUUCUGGAGACGAAAACAGUGGCCCAAAGGGGGCCGAGGUGCAUCUUCUCAUGGAUUAUCUGAUCGAUGCGGAUGACUCGAAGAAUGACUACACAGAGGAGACACGCAUCGCAGAGGGAAAGAAGUUCAAAGACGAACGACAGGAAGCAGGAGCACGAUGGGGAGGCGAGCAAUGGCGGCACGGUCCCCUGAAGCGAAUGCGUCACCUGAUAACACAUGCACCCGAGAAGUGGACCUUCUUGCCAGCUAAUAUGGCGACAUGGGUCGAGGACUUCGGUUGGAAAGAAGUUUGCAGGACGAAUGGUGAUGCUGUCAAAGCAAGCCUUGCUGACCACCGCUACAACCAUAUUUUUGAAUCUGUCAACGAGUUGCCCACGUGCAUAUCUCUUUUCCAGCUAAAAAGAGGUGACUGAUAUAUGACAGAGAAGUUCUCCGCUUACUGUCACAAGGCUGCGGUAGGCAGCUGUCCGUCAGCUGCCCGAAAGCGUCUACUGAUCACUGGGGGCUGCGACGGUGGGUGGCUGUUGCUGGCGUUGUUGGUGGCCCUUGCGCUCCGGAUGGUUACUAGCAUGCAUGUUGUCCAGGAAGUACGAAUCUUCUCAGAGGAAACUGUGCCUGUGUCUUGCUUUUUUUCUGAGGGGCCAGUUUCGUGUUGCCGUUAGCUGGAGUUCCCGUCGUAUCGAGGGCACGGUAGUGGCAGUCCCUUCUGUACAACGAUUGCUGCGCUGUUUGAACUGAAACCUCCUUCAGUACAUGCGGUGGAAUUGAAUGUGGAAAUCAUGGCUUGGCGUGCCGAUGUUUUGCUCUGGGUAGUUCGUCUAUUUCACGUCGUGUCUCUCAUGGGAACCCGAAGGUGCGCGUGGUACUUACGCAUCCUCAUUCGCGGGAUACUGUGGGAGAUGAUUCUUUAAGAGGCUCCUCGGCAGCAAAACGCGACAGAGGAUUCUCAGGUUUGUGUUCGGGCACUUAGGACUGGCAUUUUCUGCUAGUGUCACGUUAGUUUCCGCUCUUUUAGCACUGUAGCUGUUGCAGCUUGGUAACGUUUGUAAAUGCCGCUUUCAGACUCGAUUCUACUGCUGAUUUGAACUGCGAAUGUGAGGAUCACUAAGGCGAAGACUCUCGGAUGGGAUGCAGAUCCACUCCGCGUACUGCU